AUGGCCGUGCUCAAUGAAAAGCUGGCCAAAUACAAUGCAGCCAAUAAGCUGUACAAAAGUUCUUUGUUAAAUACUGUCUGUCUUGUUGCUGGAUUGUCAAUUUUCUUCUUUGGCUAUGACCAAGGAUUAAUGGGCGGCGUCAAUACGACGCGCGAUUAUGCCGAACGCAUGGGCUUUGGUCAUUGGGAUGAAGACCAAAACAUUGUUGUCGUUGAUAAGCCUUUAUUGCAGGGAGGCAUAGUUGCUGUGUACUAUCUUCCUGGUACGCUGUUCGGAUGUCUUCUUGGCGGCUGGCUUGGCGAUCGCUACGGUCGCAUCAAGACUAUUGCCGUGGCUUGUAUUUGGAGUAUCUUUGGAGCUACUCUGCAGUCAGCAGCUAUGAACGCAAACUGGAUGUUUUGUGCACGCGUAUUAAAUGGCAUUGGGACUGGAAUUCUGAAUGCCAUCACACCAGUUUGGGCAACCGAGACGGCUGCCCAUACCUCCCGAGGGCAGUUUGUGUCUAUUGAGUUUACCUUGAACAUAUUUGGUGUUGUUGUAGCAUACUGGCUGGAAUUUGGUACUUCCAAAUAUCACGACAACACAUCGUCAUUUAUUUGGAGAUUUCCCAUCGCAUUUCAGAUUCUGCCUCUCCUGGUCCUUUUCGUCGUUAUAUGGUUCAUGCCAGAAUCUCCUCGCUGGCUUGUGAAAGUCGGCCGUGAAGAAGAAGCUCGCUUUAUACUAGGCCGCCUUCGAGGAAAUGAAGGUGAAGACGCUAUUCAAGCAGAGUCAGAGUAUCAAGAUAUCGUAAACAUACGAAACCUUGAAAAAGACACAUCAACUCAGCAAAGCUAUUUCAACAUGCUUUUCGGCAUCGGUUCUGGGAAGCUGCACACUGGCCGACGCGUUCAGCUUGUCAUUUGGCUCCAGAUAUUGCAAGAAUGGAUUGGCAUUGCAGGCAUAACAAUUUAUGGGCCUGAGAUAUUCAGCAUUGCCGGGAUAAGCUCAGAAGACAGACUCUGGGUUAGCGGUAUCAACAACAUCACAUAUAUGUUUGCGACGUUAAUCUGCGUCUUUACUCUCGAUCGCAUUGGCCGCCGCUGGACUCUAUACUGGGGAGCGAUUGGACAAGGGAUUUGCAUGUUCGUAGCAGGCGGCCUUGCUCGGGCAACGAUUAAUGCCGAAGGACAAGGCAACCAAAAGCAAAUUGGUGGAGCAGCGACAUUUUUUGUUUUCCUCUACACCGCGAUAUUUGGUGCCACCUGGCUCACUGUUCCCUGGCUAUACCCUGCAGAAAUCUUCCCCUUGCAGGUUAGAGCCAAGGGAAAUGCUUGGGGUGUUGUCGGUUGGUCUAUUGGCAAUGGCUGGACUGUAUUACUGCUUCCCACUAUUUUCAACCGACUGAACGAGAAGACUCUAUACAUAUUUGGGGCUGUUAAUGUGCUAUCCAUUAUUGUCGUUUGGGCGCUGUAUCCUGAGUCGAAUCAGCGCACAUUGGAAGAAAUGGAUCUUGUCUUUGCCAGCGACAGCAUAUGGGCUUGGGAGGCCGAGCGCAAUUUUGCUAAGCUAAAGGAAGAGAAUCCUCAGUUGGUUCAAGGUUCCACCGUGGUUACAGAUAUAGAACACGCUGCCCCGGCAAAGAUGUAA